UCCAAGAACCGUGGCGUCAGAUGUCGAACGCGCUGAAAGCUAUGGCAGAGUUCAGACCGCUAAGCUAUCACCUGGGGCACAAAGCCGAAUAAACCUGAGGAUCCGAAGAACAAAACAGAUUCCUUUUCUGUCGGCAACGUUGAUCGAAACCUUCGUGUAAAGAUACCGAGCAGAACCUGAGUGUCCGAAGAGGAUGAGAACGAAGCAGCAGGUGAUGCUUGGACAUUAGCAAUGCUGAAGAGAAGCUGAGACAAGGGGCCUACUGCAAGUGCCUACAGAUUCCUCCAGGAUGUCCCGACAAACCAGAGAUGGGGUGCUGAACCCAGCCUACCAUGACUCCGAAACCCUGCAGAUGGGUCGCGGUUCGGCUCAAAGGCCACCACAGCAGAACCCCUAUGGAAGCACAGAGAGGACUUAUGACGAAGGGCUUCAGGCUUCUGGGCGCCAGGACUGGGACUCUGCGGAGCACAUACCAAUGGCGUCCCUGGCAGGGGGCCAGAGCUGGGACCAGCAGCCGGGGGGAUUAAGCAACGCAGGAUACGAGUGGGACUCUGCUAGUGACCCUGGCGGAGCGAGAGCCGGUGACUUCAGAGAGCAAGAGAGGCCGAGACUGAGGACGAAAAGGAGCAGCAUUUUACGGCAACUACGAAUGCGCAAUUCCAGCCUCUUUUUCCGGGGCGCUUUGAGUUCAUCUGCACUUGGCUGGCUGAGGCUCACUGCUGAGGACACUCAGGACAAGACGGCACAGGAAGAGCAACAGCUUAUUAUAGAACUGGUGGCCAUGUCGUUCUAUGAUCGGGUUCGAGCCAUCCGUCAGCUCCCCGUGAGUCUUCAUGAAAAGAAACAAAUCCGGAAGCGAGUGCUGCUGGAGAAAACGUCAAAGAAAGGCCGCAUAAACUGGUACAUGGACUGCAGGGACAACUUUUACCUGUUCCACAGACGAUGCAGCACAUUUGUGACAAAUGCUUACCACACGCUGCAGCUCUGGCAGGGAGGCCUGAAGGACAUCGGAGGGAAGUUCGGCAGCAGCAUCCUCUCCUACUUUCUGUUCAUCAAGUGGCUGCUCAUGUUCAGCAUUUUCUCCUUUCUGGUGAACUUCGGCUUCAUCACGGUGCCUCAACUGUUUGAUCGCGACACUGUGAACAACGGGACCUUUAAAGGGCUGGAGCUCCUGACCGGAGAGGGUUAUUUCACACAGUCAGUCCUGUUCUACGGUUUUUACACCAACAAGUCUGUGACUGGUGGAAGCUCCAGUAACUCCACUGGCAGCCUGCUCCCCUAUGACAUGCAGCUGGCCUACUUCUUCACCAUCUCCGUCUAUUUCGUGCUCUGCUGCCUCAGUCUGGUGUACAGCGCUGCCAGUUCGUUUCAUAAGAAUUUCAUGUCCGCCAGCGAGCUGAGCAGGUCCGGACGUCUCCUGUUCAGCUGGGACUUCAGGGUCAGCAAUGACAAGGCUGUCCGAAGUCGACAAAAGAAUCUGAGCACCCAGCUCAAGGAGUUGCUCUCUGAACACCUGCAGCAGAAACUCUGCAUGACCUUCGACGAGCGGAUCAAGCGCUUUGGGCGCCACCUGCUGGCCUGGUUUGUCUCUAGCGGGUUGGCCAUUGGUUGCAGUGCUGCUGUCUACUUCCUGUGCCUUUAUAACGUCAAUUCUUCCCCGUGGAACAACAGAAGUGAUCUGACCAAAGAGGCCUCCACUCUACUCCUGCCAAUCGUCGUGUCCCUCAUCAAUCUCAUUGUGCCCCUGCUGUACAGCUUGCUAAGGAACAUCGAGUUCUUCACCUUCCCACGGCACGAGCUCUACACACUCAUUCUGAGAAAUGUCAUUCUGAAGAUGUCUAUCAUAGGGGUGCUUUGUUACUAUUGGCUGGACAAAGUGGUGAACUGUGGAAUACCAUGCUGGGAGACGUUUGUUGGCGGAGAUAUCUAUAGACUUGUUGUCAUCGAUUUCUUUUUCUGCCUGUUUGCUUGCUUCUUCGGAGAGUUUCUGCACAAAGUCAUUGGAACAAGGUUCUUCCCAAGACUAGGAGUUCCAGAGUUUGAUAUCGCCCGCAACGUUCUGGACCUGAUUUAUGCACAGACGCUGGCCUGGAUUGGAAUUUACUUCUCGCCUCUGUUGCCACUCAUCCAGAUCAUCAAGCUCUUCCUGAUGUUCUACGUGAAAAAGUUUAGUCUGAUGCAGAACUGUCAUCCACCCCAGCGGUCAUGGCGUGCUGCCCAAAUGAUGACCAUUUUCAUCCUCAUCCUUUUCUUCCCAUCCUAUGUUGGAGUGCUGAUUACUAUUGCAGUCAUCUUUUGGAGGAUUACGCCUUCCAGUAGCUGUGGGCCGUUCAGAGGGCUCAACGUUCCCUUUGAUGUGAUCGCUAACUGGAUCGAUUCGAUCACACUGCCUGGGUCCCAGUGGGUUGUGUGGAUCUACAACAACCUCAUUCAGAGUGUCCUCUUCUUUUUUAUCCUCACACUCCUUGUCUUGAUUCUGAUCUAUGUCUACUACCAGAUUGUGGUGGGACGGAAAAAGCUGAUUGCCAUUUUGCGGGAUCACAUUGCUAACGAGGGGAAAGACAAGGCCUUCCUGCUUGAAAAGUUAAAAAAGCUUCAAAGUCAAUCAAUGUCAUCUUUAUAUCAGGACCCGAGUCUGGAGGCCAUGGGUUCAAAGCAGGACAUCCAGGAUAGAGAGGUGAGAGGCUCCAGUCAGAGCAGGACUCCGUCUAAGGGUACCUCCACUUUUCAGUUAGGAAGAUCUCAAAGUCUACAGGAGACGAGUAACAGGAGACAGCCCGCCAGUUUUUCAGGGGAGAGGUGGAGUGCUAGAGACUCUGAACAUGAAUAUGUCCUUCCAGAUAUAUUGGAGGAGCCUCAACAGCAGCCCUGGCCUGGGGCGUCAGGUUCUCAGCAGCAGGACAUCCAGGAUAGAGAGGUGAGAGGCUCCAGUCAGAGCAGGACUCCAUCUGAGGGCACCUUCCCUGUUCAGUUAAGAAGAGCACCAAGUCUACAGGAGACGAGUAACAGGAGACAGCCCACCAGUUUUUCAGGGGAGAGGCAGAGUGCUAGAGACGCUGAACGAGAAUACGUCCUUCCAAAUGUAUUGCAGGAGCCUCAACAGCAGCCCUGGCCUGGAGCGCCAGGUUUUCAGCAGGCCCCGCCAAAUUACAUUCCUCCGGAUUAUCCCGUGGAUGAUGACUCCUCCAUGGAAGGCGGCACACUCCCCGUCUCUGAUGCACUGGCACAAGCUUUGUGGGCACGACGCCAGGCCGAGGAUGAGGAGGAGGAAGGACGCUACUGAGAAGGGAGCCUCGUGAAGAUGGAAGGACCUGACUGAUUGAUCUUCAGGAAGGAUGUCCUUACUGGACCUCCCACGUCCUCUCAGGACGGACCUUCUCAGCGAUCAGCACGUACUUUAUGCGACCAUCUUUGAAUGACUCCGAGUUCACCACUAUGUGUUAUCCCACGAGGCUUGAAAAGAACAUUUCACUUUGAAUGUCAUGCACUAGUUCUUCCAUUUUGAGCAGAAUGGCCCUCCAUAAUGUAUAUUUAAAUAUAUUUAAAAAGAACACAAAUGUCAUGAAAACAGGUUUAGACACUGUUUAAAAUUAUGUUUUAUAUAAUGUAAUAUCUUCAUUGCUGACUUUAACAUAAAUUUGAAUCUGAUUCCAUAAGAGC